GUUACUUACCGGUGGCAGAAUCUGCGUAAGCAAUAUAGCCGAAGAAAAACAAAAUGCAAAAGUGGAGCUAGUGCAGAGUCUGCAGAGCAGCAAUGGCAUCUGAUGCCCCAAAUGUCAUUUUUGGAUCCAUGUAUCCGCCAUCGAAGGACACAGACAAACUUUCAAGGAAACAAAGAAUUCGAGGAGCUUAAUUUCACAGUAGAAUCUGUUGUCUCCGAGUCUUCAGAUAAUAUUGAAUAUCCGACAGAACCUGAAUAUGUGGAGCCAUCUGUUAUUCACGUUAUGCCCUCAUGUGAAUCACCUUUAUCACCUGCAUCAAGCUCCAGACAAAUCUUAGAUAACACUAAUUCAAAUAAUAAUGAUGAAAAUACUCCUAGAGGGAAGAAAAGAAAAAAGAAAGAAACAAUUGAAAGUUCAUUGCUUUCUGUUAUUGAUGAAACAAAUAAAUAUUUAAAAAAUCACCAUCGAUGUGAAAAUGAUGAUGACGAUGAUGAUAAACUAUUUUUAUUGAGUCUCCAUAGUGAUUUGAAAAAAAUGACUGAUGAAAAAAAAUUGGAAACGAAAAUACAAUUUUUACAAAUUAUGGCAAGAAAUAAAUGAAAUUAUUUGUACAUAACACUAAUCAGUUGU